AUGACUAAACGCCGACGAGCAGCAGUCAACCAAGCGAACCGCAAUGACACCGACGAUGACCUCCAAACCCUCACACUGCUCGACCACCGCCUGCACCCGGGUGGGCAAGGUCAACUGGAUAUCUUAGUUCAGGCGAGGUGCCGGUCAAGCGUCAAGGCAUCCCGCAGAUGGGUUCCCCAUGAAGAUCUCCAUCGCCGAAAUCACAACAGUCUCAUGCAGUACUGGGACAGCUUCGCCGGUAGCAUUACCCAUGAGCUCUCCAAGCUUUGGCCGGGUAGGGCUCUUGUCGACAUCCCACACUUCCCGGCGAGCAUCCUGGCUUUGAGGCCAGCCCGUCCCUCCUCUCGCGCACCUGCAUAUGCCCUUGUUGAUUGGGUGGGAUGGCAUAAGCACGACUGCACCAAGGAACCUAUUGAUCAGGUGGCCGCCGAUAUGCCCGAGCUCCUACACGAUUAUUAUCAGCGCCACGGCACCGCCAACUCGUUGCUACUGUCUGCUACCUCCUCCAAGUCGCCUCAGGACCAGCUGGCCACUCAAAUACGAUCCAAGAAGAACUUUGUUGUAGUCACAGGCGCUGGUGUCUCUAUCCCCGCAGGCCCGAUGGCAUCAGACCAAAGAGCUUCAAGCAAUGGCCAUCAGACUCUAGCGCCGUUCCCGGACCCCAGGGUUCCACCUAGUUCCGCCGGCAGAGUAAACCAGCCCGACCGCGUGGGGCGGCGACGUCGUCCCCGCAGCCGUCCAUUACUGCCCUUUACACAGGCUGCUGCCAGCACGGCACCGGUCGGGUCUCAUGUCCAGCAUGAACAUAACCUCUUCGGUUCUCCCAAUUCCGAACAAUCAUAUCAAGCCGGCUGCUCGUGUGCUUCCGGAGCCCUGGGAUCUCAGGGAACUAUACUCGGCAUGUUGAACCAGUUGUCGGCCCAGGUGGAAGAACUUGCCACAACGUAA